GGCUACCGUCGCUGCACCUACUGUUUGCCAGGUCCAUCUCGCAUCAGCCCAGUCACUCAUUCAUUCAUUCACUCACUUCAUCUUAUUAUAGUUUCUCUCCUAGAACUCACAUUUCUCCUUCUGAAAAAUGUUCUUCAACCUCAAGCCCGCCCUUCUCUUCGCCCUGGCCCUCACCGCGGUCGCCAGCCCGAUCGCCAGCGAGUCCGAUCCCAAUCCCAAUCCCUUGGAGGCGCGCGACCUCCUCACCCUCGUCCCCCGCGCCCAAGUCAAGGAUGUGAACUGCGGCGGGGCCAAGUUCACCGCGGCCAACAUCAACGCGGCGAUCAAGCAAUCCAAGGUCGUCGAGACGGCGCGAGCGGCGGGCCAGAAGGGGUAUGGCAAGUACCCGGAGACCUACGGCAACGGCGAGAAGUUCUUCAAAUCCACCAGCCAGCUGUAUGCGUACCCAUUGAUCUCGGGGGUUUAUUCUGGAAAGUCCAGUGCCGGUGAACCUGGCAAGUAUCGGGUUAUCAUGAAUGAGAAAUACACGUACAUGGGGUCUGUGUAUCAUCCCCCGGGAACGGGGAAUAGCUAUAAGCUGUGUGUCAAUGAUGAGGCGGCGGCGACGACGACGACCACUACCACCACUACCACUACCACCACUACCACCACCACAACGAAGGCGGCGAAGACAAAGACCUGACGAGGUGGGGAGGUACACUGCAUUUCAGGAUGAGUUGGAGCACGGUCGAAUCUGAUGCAUUGAAUUAGUGAUGCUAUCAAGACUGCGACAGGUUGGCGAGAGAUUUUGUUAGGGGUAGAACUUGUUGGGGUCAGGAUAUGGCUAUGCUCACUCUCCUGGUCGCUAUGUCAGCCAUGUCCAAUAUAAUAACUAGUCUGCUGAGUUUCCUAGGUUUUGUACAGUUUAGUUUGAGCUUAGACCAAAAAUAUAUACGUGGUGG